UACUGCUCAGUUCCGCAAUGUAAAUCUCGCAAGGGCGAUGGUGCAAGUUUUCACUUCUAUCCGAAGUCGACGAAGCUUAAGAAAGUUUGGUUAAUAAAGCUUAGAAUGGGCAAGCUGCCGUCAAAACAUGCCGUCGUCUGCAGCAAGCACUUCAGAGAAGAGGAUUUUGUAUAUCCCGUAUACAAGACGCUAGGUUACAAGUACCGAAGGUUGUCGCCGGAAGCAGUUCCGUCCGUCAACCUGCCUGUACGUCCACACGAUGCGAGGCGGCCGCCUGUGCGAGCGGCGAUAAGGCGGCGGGAAAGAGGCAUUCCCAUACGCUCUUACCAGCUGCCACAGACAUCUUCCAUUUGCACUGAUGCUGGAGAAAAAUACCAAGAAGGCGCAGAGGAAAGCUCGAGCAGCGCGUUGUUGGAACUUGAUGCACCACUGGCCGAAGAGAGUGAACCAGUAGAGUGCGAUGAUUUCCAUCCUCCAGAAGCUCUGGCUGCGAGUCCAGGUGAUUGCACUCCAAUAUCAGAAGAGAUAAGUGCCGAGGCUGAGGAGCUGUCUAAAGAAAUUGGAAUUCAGGUCGACACUAGAAACAACCUAUUUGCAAGAGAACAGCUUAUCCCAAUUGCAAAAGUACCCGAUGAGCAUGGUCUUGUUGUCCUCACAGGCAUAGGCUCUUUCGAGUUGUUCUACAACAUAACAGAACUUUACACAGAAAUGCGGUUGCGUCAAGGAACGCGAAGCUUAUCCUUAAGUGAUGAUGAUGCUGUGCUCCUCACAUACAUGAAGCUCUAUCAUGACUUAACAUUUUCUCCGUUGGCGGUGUUGUUUAGUGUCCACCGUACAACUGUGUCGAACAUUUUCAAGGAUUCAAUUGUAAUUCUAGCAAGCAUUCUUGAGCAUGCAAUUUUCUGGCCAACGAAGACUGCAGUUGUGAACUGUCUCACAAUGUAUUUCAAAGAAUACAAAGACACGAGGAUGGUGCUUGACUGCACUGAAAUAGAAAUUGAGCGCCCAAAAGAUCUAGUGUCAAGGCUCCUAACAUACAGCCACUAUAAGCGCACGUACACUGCAAAGGUCCUGGUGAGUGAGACACCAGGAGGCUUAAUUAGCUAUGUAAGUAAGGCAUAUGGAGGGAAAGCAUCUGACACAUACAUCACAAAGGAGUGCAAAGUUCUUGACAAGUGUAUUCCCCAUGUUGACAGUGUGAUGGUAGAUAAAGGCUUCCUAAUCGGUGAACUUUGCAAAGAAAAAAAUAUCAAAAUGAUCAGACCUCCAUUCCUCAUGGAAAAACAGCUCACUGCAGAGGAAGCUAGGAGAAACCAAUCCAUAGCAAGUGCCCGAGUACAUGUGGAAAGGGCCUUUCAAAGGAUGAAACUGUACCGCAUUUUAAAAAAUCGGUUUGAUCUCGAUUUUGUGCCAUACAUUGACAGCAUAUUCAAAAUAAUUGCUGGAACUGUGAAUCUCUCAAGGCCAUUGUUCAGUAACAACAAGUUCCUUUUCAACUGA